CCCCACGUGUCCGAGUGGAGCAGAGUCAACAUGGUACCUCCACAUCCUGAGUUAGUCUGAACUGCUUCACCUCUGCGCACCCUCAUUUAUGGGCUGUGGCACAUGUAACACACGAAUGAGGUAGCCAAAACAAGGUCCGUGAAGUGUGCAGGUUGGAUCUCUUAAGAUCUGCUGUGGCUCCUCUUGUUUCAUCUCCCCUCCCCUUCCUCGCUCUGUUCACAUCAAUAUGGCCAGCGGGGAUGAUGAUGACCCCAUUAUAGAAGAGGUUGAUGUUUACCUGGCCAAAAGUCUUGCAGAUAAGCUGUAUCUCUUCCAGUACCCUGUCCGACCAUCCACCAUGACCUAUGAUGAUGUCAACCACUUAGCAGCGAGGAUCAAACCCAAGCAGCAGAGGGUGGAGUUGGAGAUGGCAAUCAACACAAUGAGUCCAAACUACUGUCGCAGCAAAGGAGAGCAGAUCGCUCUGAAUGUGGACGGCACAGCGUACGAUGAGACCAACACCUACACAGCGAAAAUGAUGGACAAACAGACCUUUUCCUCCAUUCAGGCCACCACCAACACGUCCAGAUAUGCCGCCGCUGUUUUCCGCAAAGGUGAGCUUCACGUCACCCCUCUGACUGGAAUCCUGCAGAUGAGACCCAGCUUCUCGUACCUCGACAAGGCCGACAACAAAACCAGAGAGAGGGAGGCUGCCAAUGAAGGCGGUGAUUCUUCACAGGAUGAAGCUGAGGAAGAAGUCAAGGCCAUAACGGUGAGGUUUGCUCGUCCCGAGUCUGAGCAGGCCCGUCAGAGGAGGAUUCAGUCGUACGAGUUCCUCCAGAAGAAGCAGGCGGAGGAGCCGUGGGCUCACCUGCACUACCACGGAGUCAGGGAUAGUCGCUCCGAGCAUGAAAGGCAGUACCUGUUCUGUCAGUCGGUGGAUGCAUCGGAGAACUCUGAACUGGUCAAAACUCCAAAGUGA